AUGAAUGAAAACAAAAUUAACAAGAAUAAUGAUGAGUUAGAACAAAUCGACAACCGAGAACAAAAAUCUCAAGGAUCAAUUGAUUUAGAUGACGGUGUAAUUCAACUUCCAGUAUCAACAUUUAAAAAAAUAUUAGAACAAAUAUUUAAAGAUUCCGAAAAGUUGAAUGAUGAGUAUAAGCUAGAUCAAAAAUCAAAAACAAAGGUUUCUAUAAGUGAUGUUGAAAUGGAUCUUACCAAUAAAGUAUUGCCAAUUAAAACAGAAUUUGAUAAAACUUUAAGGAAUGAGCAAUAUUUAUUUAAUACUACACGGAAACGAAAACUUGAUCAAAAAUUAGAAGAAAUGUUUGCAAAUAAAAUUAUUCCAUCUACUAGUAACAAUAAGAAAGAUAUCAAAACUAUACCGAAACCUGAGUCGAAAUCAAAGACAAUAACUAAAAAUAAUAUUAUUCCAGCUACUAGUAAAAAUAAGAAAGAUAGUGAAAAUGAUUGGUUAAAAACCUUUAAAACUCCUAAAAUCGAAAAAUCAAGAACAACAAAUUUAUCAAAUUGUCAAACUUUAGUCAAAACUAUACCGAAACCUGAGUCGAAAUCAAAGACAAUAACUACAAACAAUAUUAUUCCAGCUACUAUCGUAAAAUCAAGAACAAAUUGUCAAUCUUUGUCUGAGACUAUACAGAAACCUGAGCCAAAAUCAAUAACAAAAUUUGAAAAUAAUAUUAUUCAAUUAUCUAAUAGUAAAAAUAAGAAAGAUAGUGAAAACAAUUGCUUAAAUAAAUUUAAAAUUCCUGAAGUCGUAAAAUCAAGAACAAAUUGUCAAUCUUUGUCUGAGACUAUACAGAAACCUGAGCCAAAAUCAAUAACAAAAUUUGAAAAUAAUAUUAUUCAAUUAUCUAAUAGUAAAAAUAAGAAAGAUAGUGAAAACAAUUGCUUAAAUAAAUUUAAAAUUCCUGAAGUCGUAAAAUCAAGAACAAAUUGUCAAUCUUUGUCUGAGACUAUACAGAAACCUGAGCCAAAAUCAAUAACAAAAUUUGAAAAUAAUAUUAUUCAAUUAUCUAAUAGUAAAAAUAAGAAAGAUAGUGAAAACAAUUGCUUAAAUAAAUUUAAAAUUCCUGAAGUCGUAAAAUCAAGAACAAAUUGUCAAUCUUUGUCUGAGACUAUACAGAAACCUGAGCCAAAAUCAAUAACAAAAUUUGAAAAUAAUAUUAUUCAAUUAUCUAAUAGUAAAAAUAAGAAAGAUAGUGAAAACAAUUGCUUAAAUAAAUUUAAAAUUCCUGAAGUCGUAAAAUCAAGAACAAAUUGUCAAUCUUUGUCUGAGACCAUACAGAAACCUGAUCCAAAAUCAGAGACAAUAACGAUUUUGUCGAAUAGUAUUUCAGUAAAGAAGUUAGAAGUUUCUACUAACAAUGUUAAGCUUUCAGAAUAUCCACCACCUCUUUUUCCAAAACCUCUAUUUAAAAUUCAACAAUGGAAAGCUGUUCCACCAAUACCUAUAUUGACAGUUGAAACUUCAGGAAAUAUAGUGACAUUAACUUGGGAUUUGAAUUUGUGUUUGCAGUCAGCACAAAUCAAAUUGUACGAACUGUUUACACGCAAAGAGGUAAAUGCAGAUUCACACCACUCAAUGUGGAAAAAGGAGGGUGUUAUUAAGCCACGUAUGUUACCUAUGACUUGUAAACUAAUAAAUUGUCAUUUAGGAUAUACUUACCACUUUGCUCUGAGAGCAGUGGAUGUUCACAACAGACGUACAUGUUUUGCUUUACAAAAAACUAAAAUUUAA